AGAAAAUACAUAUUUGAAGUGCUGAGCAACGCGACUAGCCUAUCGACAGACUUAUGCUAUGAUUUCUGUGAUGCAGAUGAUGAACCAAGGUCCAAACAACAGCGGUUUCAAUCUGAAUCCGGGAGCUGCACGGAGCUUACCCACUGGAGCAUUUUGGCCUCAACCACAAGCACAACAAACCAGUGAUGCACAAUCGGAACGAAGUAAUAGCGAGGCAUCACCGCCGAUUGUCCCAACAAGCUUCAGCACAGCAGUGAAUCACAUGUCACACAACUACACACCAGGGUAUCCGGAAUGGCAAGCGGCACAGAAAGCCUUUGCUGCGGCUCAAAGCGUAAAUGGAGCCGCCGCAGGAGCGAAAUUCCCGCCAGGACCGAGUGGGUUCGACAUGAUGUCAGCGGCAGUGAAUCCGAUGUGCCCAUCAGAGUUCUACCAUCCUGGAAUCACGUGGCCCGGUUAUCAAUACGGUCAACAGUAUCCAUUUGCUACAGGACCCUAUGCACAGCAUAUGAUGGAUAUCCCUGGAUUAACAGAACCUUCCCUCGAUUGGACGGGUAACCAUUCUAUGCGAAAAAAGCGAAAACCAUAUACGAAAUAUCAAACGUUGGAAUUGGAAAAAGAAUUCUUGUACAACACCUAUGUUAGCAAACAAAAGAGGUGGGAGUUGGCCCGAACCCUUGGCCUCACCGAACGACAAGUGAAGAUAUGGUUCCAGAACCGACGAAUGAAGGACAAAAAAGUGAAACAACGUGCCACAGUCGACGGAGGUGGUUGUGUAAUGAUGCUGAAAGAAGAAUAACUUCUCUGAAGAGCUUCUCUUGUAAGGAAAUAGGUCAAUUGCUCCUGUGGCGACUACGUCGCGUUCCUUCAUUGUCGUCGUUCUAAGUCGGGUGCUCGACAAAAGCGUUUGAGAGCUAGGAAAUGUCUCAUAACGCUUUGCUUGCUCACCAUCUCUCUACAGUAAUCCUACAGUACGAACACCAACUCCCUCUCAGACACCCCCCCCCCCCCAUCUAUUCCAUUCUACACAUGACCUUUGCUCAACGAACUUCAAGUACCAAUGAGCUCUUCUCUUAGCGCAAGUGUUUGCCAUUUUUGUCAUACUGUAGUAGGGUUUUUGUGAAAUUUGUUCACCUUGACCAACUCUUGUAGAAUUCGCAGUGGGUGCGGGCGGCUCCAUCCAGGAGCAGGAAGGGGAGGGAGGGGAAAUUUACCCACCCAAUACCCCUGGAC